AUGUCGGGCGCUACACACGAUCCCCGGCUGCUCUACAGCGUCAACAAUAUCCGCGCAUUUCACAUUCAGGAUGGUGAGGAGCAGGAGUUGACACCAUCAGGUCCUCAAACCCUCUCCCUUCUGAUGGUUCCUACUGCCACAUCGGCUCCAACUCCUCCAUAUGCCGCCGGUGCGGGCACACAAACCCCCGAGGAAGACUUCUACCUACACCUUUACCUCCCCCCCGAGCUGGAUCUCGCAUUACCAGCUACCACCCAGAUCUUCCACCAACCACCCGAUAGCUACUUGAUCCCCCGAUGGGAUUUGGCUCCCGACGCGGGCGCCUUUAUCCGCAUUCAGUUCCCAAGCAUUGGAAGUGGCCCGAACAAUGUCACACAAGACGAUAUUGAUACCUUCGAGACAAUCCUCGCACAAUGCACCGCAUUCCUCGACCGCGACCCUGCGUCGAGCGGCAAGUCAGAUAGCUUCGCUGCAUACAACCCGGCCGACUAUGCGCCUGGGGAGGGAUAUAUUGGGACUGGAGACAGCAAGGGCGAGAACAUGCACGGCAAGAUCGUGCUGGUGGACGAGGAGGAUGGAAGUGUGGUUGGCGAGCUGAGUGAAGGAUACAAUGUGGUGGAGGACCCGGAUGUGAAACCUGGAUCUAAACGCCCCGUUGGAAUUGAACUCCCUGGCGAAGGCGAGGGCAACAGGGUCAGCGUGACCAACGUCUCAGAAGAAUACUUGGAAAUGUCGCGGCAUCCGGCAUAUCAGGAUUCAACCAUUGUCCAGACCUCGGCCACCGCAUCUCGACUGAUCGUCACCACCUCUUCAUACAUCUCCAAUGCCAUCACCAGCGGCGCUGAGAACUUCAUGAAAAAGACCCAGCCCAGCCCCAAACCUGUGACUUUCUCCGAUGCCACCCACGCCCGCAUUCGCAAGGUCGGCACCUUCUCCAACGGCGCCGCAGACUUCUCCUCCCGCACCCUGGGCCAAGUGGAACGAGUGGCGCAGAAUAUCGGCGCCUCGCUAGCACGUAAGGACGCCAAGCCUCGCAGCGGUCACAGGCACCUCCCACCGCCAGACUACAAGCCAGGCGUGCUGAACAAGUCGAUGAUCGCGUUCUCGACGUUGGCAGAUGGCAUUCAAGAGAGUGCGCGCACCAUGCUGAUGACAGGCUCGGCGGCCGCCAGCUCGGUGAUAAAUCACCGCUAUGGCGCCGAGGCUGGUUCCAUCGCGACCAAUCUGACUGGCGGCAUCAAGAACGUCGGCCUCGUGUAUAUCGACGCCACGGGCGUUAGCCGUCGGGCGCUGCUCAAGUCCGUGGCCAAGGGCAUGGUGGUGGGCCGGAUGCGCGACGGAAAGCAGGUGGUCGUUGGCGCUGGCGAUGGCGGCCAGGUACCCCAAGGCGUUAAUGCCAAUACCGAAGCAGGUCCCUCUAGUUCUGGACUGGGAGUCCGGGAUCCAGUUGUGCGACGUCCCUCGCCAAGCCCCACGCCGCCGCCAGCGUAUGGCGCAUCUGGGACAGUGUCGCUAGGCGGCACGCCCAGGUCAGGGUCGGGGGGAAGCGGUAAAUCAAGGGGAAUAUGCAAGUUUGGAAUGAUAGGUUGA